AUGAUUCGGCUGACUAGCUCACCAGGUGGCAGACGGUGGCGCAGCUUCAGCCGGAGAUCUAGCGUCAAGCAGGAGCUGAAGGACGUGUUUGUGCCGGUGCAUCUGUACGGUCAGAUGGCUCGGCAUCAGGAGGGAUUCGAGGAGCUCACCGCGCAGACUCACGUGAACACAAUGCUGCGCACGCUGCGUCACGCGCGCUUCUCUAACGAACAGGACAUCAUCGAGCUGAAGGCUGCGCUCUGGGCGCUGUGCCACCUGGGGUCGACCGUGAGAGGCGUCGAGCUAUUAAUCGACCGAGCCGUCAUCCCAGACGUGAUAAAGCUUGCAGAGGAAUGCCCGCUGUAUUCCGUGCGAGGGACGUGCUUCUAUGGGCUGGGUCUGGUAGCAAGCACGCAGCGCGGUGUCGAAGUACUGCAGCAGCUCGGCUGGGAGAGCCUGUCGCACCCACGCCACGUAGCGUGGCCCGUGACGCAGUCAACAGACAUGCGCGAACCCUCUGUACAAGAUAGAGGGCUACGCAGCAGGACUCUCAGCGAGGCCAGCAGUACAGCGCUGUCCGACAUCACGACUACCGGCGGGGGUGGCGUGGGCGGGGGCGGGGGUGGCGGGGAGCAGGGGAGGCAGCAGGACACACUGGAGCUGCCGGACGCUUGCUUCUACAUCGGCUCCAAUAACCCGAGUCCGGCGCUCGACGGGGUCGAGUACUUCAUCGACGACGACGUGCGCGGCUACACCGCCAAUGGCGACAUGAUCCAGUCUCGUCGCCACGGCGACACAUCACCUCAGUUCUCUGCGAGCUUCAGUGCAGACGGCCCCAUCUUCACCAAAGAUCGCAACUACCUCCCGCGCACGCAGACCCUGCCAGCAGGGGGCGUUGCGUCGUCCGGCGGCGGUGGGCCGCGCGCGACCCAUCAGCGGGGCAGCACAGAGCUGCUAGCUCGUGAUAGGGUGGACUCUGCAGGCAGCAGCAGUAGCGGUGCGGGCAGGAGGAGACGUAGCGGGGUAUCAAUGCUGCCAGUGGACAGCGCGGCGGCGGCGGCGGCACGGCUGCACGCUGGGGGGCCGAGCCACGCCCGGUCUGCCAGCGAUGUCGUACACAUCACGUAUACACAGCCGAAGCUCGGCGGCAAACCCAGGAGCGAGAGCAUGAGGGAAGAUGCCAACAAAGGCGACGUCAACAGCAGCAACGGCCCGCGGCACUUGGACAGCAGCAGCGUUGACAGCGCCAUCUAUGAUCACAGCUCGCUGACAAAAAACCGCGUGAACGGUUCCGGCGUUGACAGCGCCACCUGCAGCAACGGUGGCGCCCUCAGGAAGCCGCGCUCGGACAGCUGCGGGAACGAGUCGACGAGCGGCGUUAGCUCCAGCGACUCGAUCCCGUUUUCGGACGUGGCGCCGACCCCCGGGUCGACCCCGGGGAGCGUUACCAGUGGCGCCCUUUCCGGGCUGACGGCGCACCCGUCUGACGUGAGGCGCAAGCAGGCCAACCUGAGACGCAAGGCGAGCGUGAUGAGACAGAUGUCUUACAGCUCCGACAACACCGACAUUACGUUCACGAGUUCGCGGGAUGCGCUUGGCUACGCUGUGCUGCGCAACCUGCAGCGACAUCGCACGAGCAGCCAGACGUCGGACAUGACCCCCGCGGCCGCGAUGGACGCCGGUCACCACCAGUCCUCCAUGUCCGUGCUUGACCUCGUACAGGCGAAGACACGCAGCCUGGACACGUCCACGUCCGUCGCCAGCAUCAGGAAGCUGAGCAUCUCUUCUAUGCCGGAGCAGGUUGCCAUUCUCUCUCGCAGCUCCUCCUCCGCAAUCAAGGCUCAGCUAGAGCCCUCUGGUGGACCGGAGUAUAUCGGACUGUGCGUGCCAGUUGACGUGGGAGUCAUCUUUCACGAUGAGGAAGAGGAUAACUUAAUGAGGUCGUUCUCCACGUCUUUCACACAGUCAUUGUUAUCCGACGACGCAAGCUUGCACGAAGCUGAUUUUGCACGACAGUUUUCCAAGGCGGGCAGCGAGGCAUCGACCAGCGAUGGGCUAGAGUACCACACUAGCGCCACCUGUCUGGGAUGUCUAAAGAUCUACCGGCGCCACGGGUCGUUGGUCGUCACGAGAGAUUCGUUUAUCAACAGGAAGGUGGAUAGAGAGACGGCAGAGUUCCUGGACCUGCCCAUGGCAGCUGACCUCGCGGAAGACGCUGCAGAUGCUGACCAACAGAUGACAGCUUCGUCCAAGGACCAGCUAGACGUUCCGCAGGCGGGCUCCCGUAGUCAUGGCAACAGCAGCGUCACGGUCAGCAUUGAGGUUGUGACCCCCAGGAGCUGUGCUAGCCUUGAGAGCUCGGAUUCCGGCAUGCGUCGCAUGACGGUGGACAGCCACGAGGGCCGGGUCGCCAUCCGUCGCGAGGUCCUCAAGUACAUCGUCAACAUGAGCAGCUCGGUUGCGGUCAAGUCGGCCGAGCAAGGACUGCUGACGCUGAAGCAGCGAUUCCCGCCCGCCUUCCAGGACCUGUGUCUGUACUCGGAGCUGGCGCACUUGCUCGCGACAUGCCGCUUCCGGCUGAGCGCGCGUCGGUUCCUGCAGGAGCUCUUCCAGGACGCGACGUUCGCCGAACUCUACGAUGAUCCGCGCGCGCUGCUGGCCAUCGACGACGACGAGCUGCCCAGCACCGCCGAGGAGACGUAGCGCCCUCUGCUGGAUGCUGCAGUCACACUAUGCUGGUCACCAUGGAGAAGAUGCAGCAUCAGCUAAUGCUGUUGAUGCUUGUGCUGUGGCAGCAAUGCCCCCUGCUAGCUCAAUUCAUAGCCUCUGCCAUGCACCAUCGAGGAAACGUAACAUUAGCUACUGUACAGCCUUAGCUGCAGGACUGCAUACUCCUGGAUGCAGUGACGUCUACUGCAGGCUGCAGUUAUGUUUCUCUCGCGUAGGUUGGUUGUACUAAUUUCACGUGAGCGGCCAAAACUGUGCCACGGGUUUUCGCAAGUGCGCUGUAAUCGCAAGCUUUUAAAAUCUUACUCGCUGGAGUUUUGCAGAGAACCAUGUUCAGCGUUGCGGUGGGUGUCUUUUCUAAUGGAAUUGACCUCCACUUGCUCCUGUGCGUGUGUGGUGGUGGUGGGUACGUGCAUAUUCUCACAUGCAUCAUGUGCAUCGCUGUUUUGAUGUGUAUGUGCUCGUGUAUACAUGCAUGUUUGUGUGUGUGUGUGUGUGUGUGUGUGCGUGUGCGUGUGCGUGUGCG